CGGAAGCGUUUCAUUGUGUGUGUGACCGUUGAUCAAGUACAGGCUUAUAAGAAGAUUGCUCGUUGGCAAUAAAGUGCUCUCUAUUCAAUUGCAAUGCUUCUCAACAUCGGUCUCAUCGCAAGCUUGGCUGUAGCCUCUGUCUCUGCACAUGGUGCCAUUGUCAAGGCUAUGGGAACGAACAACGUAGCUGGGACAGCCCUUGGCAUUGACGACUCGGUCUCUCGCCGGAGUGCCGGACGUGCUGCUCAGGCAGAUACAUCCGUGAUUCGCGACCGCGAUGUGACGACUGGCGCUGCAGGUCCAUGCGGAAAAACCAGUCUUGCUGGCGCUCUCAGUAUGAACGAAGAGAUUGACAAAGUGGCCGCCCGCAACAAUGGCCAAUUGCCGACCGUGCAAGCUGGCGGCGAUUUGGAGAUGACUGUGCACAAGAUCAACGAAGACGGGGCUGGUCCCUUCAUGUGUGACUUCUCCACAGACGGUGAGACUUUCAAGACGAUGCAAGUCUCCCGUAAUGUUCCUGGCUUCCUGGGACUUGGCCUUGGCCGCGUGCAGGACUUCCCCUUGGUCGUGCGUAUCCCGGCAGAUGUGACAGCCUGUUCAGCGGGCAAUUCCAAGGAUACUUGCAUGGUCAGGUGCCGCAACGCUGCCGUCGCCGGCCCGUUUGGAGGAUGUGUUCCGAUUAAGCUUGAAGGAGCGACUACAACUCCUGCAACAGUGCCAGCGCCUGAUGCCACGGAAGCUGCGGUUGUUGCAAAACGCUUUUCGAAUGACGAUGGAGAUGACCAAGAGACCGAUGAGUGAAUAGUCAGCCCACCUUAGAUGCUUGCAGGUACUUGCACAAUCCGUUCUAAUGCCUACUUGUCUAUGUAACUGAAUGCAAAGUACAUUAUUUGCUUGUCGCGUAGGAAAAUGUCCCCUGAACUUUCCUGAUCUGACGAGAUGGGCUGCCACUUCGAGCGUGCGAUCUUUCGACUUUUUUGAAAUGCGAC